AUGACGCCUUUUCUCCCUUCUCCGCUGGCGAUCUCGCACGCCCACGCCCAUCCUCCCUCGCGAUCGCCAGCAUCCGCCGCUCUCACGUCCUCCGACGAUUCUGGUUGCGGGAAUCCCUCUCGCGCUGUGCCACCGCCGCUGGACGUUGGCAGCCGGGUGAUCCGCCGAGACUCAGCGCUGCACCUCGCCCCCAUUCUCUCCAUGUCCAAACCCCCGAGCCCGUCUGUCGAUGAGCAGUCCGCAGACACCGUCGCUCCUCUAAAACCCGCCGACUCACCGGCAUCUCGCACCAUCGCGUCUCUCCCGUCCUCGCCCUUCCAGCACAUUACUCCGCGCCCGCCCUCCGCGCCCUCCCGUCACCGCCAGAGCGCCAAAUCCAUCGAUGGCGUUCCUCGGCAGACCCUCAUGAAAGCCCUCGCGUCACAAGCUUCCUAUUCCAUCGACCAACCGGCUCUGCCUCUUGCGACUUCAUUAGCCGGGAUGCUCAGCCCGACGAGCAACUGCGGCUCCGACCAGCAGGCCGGUGACACAAGGUUACACCGGAAGCUGUCGGCCGCCCUGACGACACGGCCGCCCGUGCUCUCUGAUGGAGGAACCCCGUCAACCGCCCGGUUCCCGUUGAAGUCCCCCUGCUACUACCACCAGCGGUUCGACGGCGCGGUUAAUAUACAGCGAGUGCUGGAAGAGAUUGCCGAGGAUGAAUGGAUGUCGCACUCGAGGCUGAUGCAAACGGCAACCGGCGUGCGCGAAGUGUCGAAACAGCUGCAACGCCGACCCAUCAAGGUUGCCGUGAAGAAUGUGAUGAUUGUAACAAAGGCUCGGGAUAACGGAUUGGUCUACUUGACACGAGAGCUCACGGAAUGGCUGUUGAGUACCCCAAGGUACGGCAGCGACCUGGGCGUCAAUGUCUAUGUCGACUCGAAGCUGCGCAGAUCCAAGCGGUUUGACGCCGCAGGCAUUCUUGCACAAGAGCCUCGAUACGAGUCGAUGUUGAAGUAUUGGACGCCGGACCUCUGCUGGACGUCGCCAGAAACCUUUGACUUGGUGAUCACUUUGGGCGGGGAUGGGACCGUUCUGUUUACCUCAUGGCUCUUCCAGCGCAUUGUGCCCCCCAUCCUGGCAUUCUCCCUCGGCAGCCUCGGUUUCUUGACCAAUUUCGAGUUCUCCAAGUACAAGGAACACCUCAACCAUAUCAUGGGCGAUGUGGGCAUGCGGGUAAACCUUCGCAUGAGAUUCACCUGCACUGUUUAUCGCGCGGAUAGGAGCAACAAACAUAGACCUGGCCAUGUCGAGGAGGGAGAACAGUUCGAAGUCGUGAAUGAGCUUGUGAUUGACCGUGGACCGUCCCCUUAUGUCUCCAAUCUGGAAGUAUACGGGGAUGACGAGCUCUUGACCGUUGUCCAGGCUGAUGGAUGUAUUCUAUCGACGCCGACAGGGUCAACCGCUUACUCGCUCUCUGCCGGCGGAUCCCUCAUCCACCCUUCCAUCCCUGCCAUCCUCCUCACACCCAUCUGCCCGCACACGCUUUCCUUCCGCCCCAUGGUCCUCUCCGACGCCCUCCUCCUCCGGGUUGCCAUUCCCUCAAGCUCCCGCUCCAGUGCAUACUGCUCCUUUGACGGCAAAGGGCGCAUUGAACUCUGCCCUGGUGACUAUGUCACCGUCGAAGCGAGUCAAUACCCCUUCCCCACUGUUGUCUCCGGAGGAGGCGAGUGGUUUGAAAGCGUCCGGCGCACACUCUGCUGGAAUGUCAGAGGCGCCGUGCAAAAGGGAUGGAAUGGCAAAUCCCACCGGCCCAAGGGUGGACAGGUGGGUCUUGAACCCGUUGAUGCGCCGCGAGAUGGUGUUCCAGAGCCAGAAGGCGACGAAGGAGACGCUGACGAAGAGGAGGAACAAUGGGAUAUCGAUACCGAUAGCUACACGGACUUUGGGCAAGGGACUGAUAGCGGAAUGGGACCUAGCGAGUGUGGGGAUAGCCCUGGCACGGGAACGACGAGCCCUCUGAAGAGGGUAAUGAGCCUGUUGAAUAUGUGA